AUGAUACCCAUUCACGAUGGCUCUCACAGGUCGGCACCAGCAGUGAAUGCACCACAAGCUCUUGACCUUCCCAGGGACUAUAUCCAUGACGAAAUAAAUAUCGAUCCGUCAAAUGCGCCAGCAGUCGCAGACCUCGGCUCAAUGCAGCAAAUCCCCUGGUCGUAUGAUGCUCAAACGUCAAGAGCAUUCACCGAGGGUCAAGAUGUGGAAUGGAUGCCGGACGGCUUCGACCUAGCACCUGCCAUCGAUUUCAUUUUCGAUACUUAUCCUGACCUGUUCCCACAAGCAGGUGUGAGGGAUUUUGAUUUUCAGGGGCCAGCCUCUCAUCACGUAAUGCAUUAUGUUCCAGAUGAUGGAACGCAGCUGAAUGGCAGUGAUCCACUAUGCUCUACAGAUACUGCUUCAUCAAUUGACGCAAGGACAACAUCUUCCUAUAAAUCAGAGUCUUUGACAGAGUCCAUUCAUGGUGGCUUCAAUAUGACCCAGCUAGAUCCAGUGGAAGGCAAAUGCAUUGAGAUCAGAGCACUGUUGUCGCUAUCGGGAAGAUCUGCACCAGAGCGGACCACCUUAAGUUAUGUGAACCGGAGCAAUCUGAUUCACUGUGUUGGCCUCUAUGGGAGGCACUUCCAACCAAAUCUCCCCAUUAUCCACAGAUCGACUUUUGCAAUAGCAGAAACCUCGCCUGCUUUGCUGCUAGCACUGAUGCUUGUCGGUGCUUGUUAUUCGAAAGACACAAUUCCACGCACUGUCGUGGAUAAACUAGCAAUGCACUUGUCAGCUUGGAUUGGAAGCCAGACACAUGAGACCGAGAUGGGAACCCCUCCGCUUCCCACAAUUCAGGCAGGUAGUAUACUGGGAUAUGUGAUCGUCUCUUCUCGCAAUCAAACUGUCUUCAGAGCAGCGCAAUACAACUUGGGGCGCAACAUAUCCAUGGCAGAGCGAGCACAAAUAUUCGAUCUCAAGGAUCCCACAAUUUAUGAUGCGCUGUCUAUGGAUAGCUUUGAUUGGACACGCUGGCGGGAGGAAGAAACUCGUCGGAGGGUUGCAUGCAGAAUCUUCUGCCAGGACAUGGCGUUGUGUGUAUUCCGAAGGAAGUCUCCAUCAUUUUCACCCCUCUCUUUCGAUGCACCCAUUCCUUGCUAUGACGCAUGCUGGGAGGCCAGUACAAAGGAAGAAUGUCUAUAUCACUUGAAAACCUUUCCUAAGCAGGUACUCGUAUCGACAGCCUUACGACAAUUUGCAGAUGACGCUGUUGGUGUCGCAAUACUGGAAGCCUCCUCUUUCGGCAUGUUUGUGCUCAUCCUGAGUAUCCAUUGCCUGCUAUUUCAGUCGAUUCACAACAGCACAGAAAGCUCUUCAGACGUCGCACCCAGUCCAUCAGCAGUCACUCCUCCAGACCAAGACCCGCUUUCACAAGUGUAUAAUGAUUUCUCUGGAAGCUUCAUCACAACGCUUGCCGACGAUCUUGUCCUUAGCCAUGGAUCGAAGGCAAUGCAACGUAUCAAUAUGCUGCUAAAUCGAUGGUCGCAGAGCUGGGAACUUCGCAAGAAUCGGGACACGACACGAGAAAAUUGCAGUUUUUCAGGAGAUCCACUGAGGUUUUUCUGGCUGGCGAAACUAUACAUAGUCCUACACUUUUACAGAUUCGCUCUGAAAAAUGACAGUGAAUUCGCAGUUUCCACCACCGGAGCUUCGUCUGAACACAAAAGGCCGGCACACUUGAGGAUAAUCAGUUGGCUCUCACGAUUCCGAGAACGACAAGUUGACCCGGCAUCACCCACAUGGACAGAUUACUAUCUCUGUCAAUUUGCCGAGCCAUCCACCGUCAAUGAGUCAUUAUUGUGA